AUGGCCACACAGACACAGGUCCAAGUUACAGGACUUUCAGGGGCCAAUUCGGACGACUCGGGCGUGGAGUUGGUUAUUACUCUUGUCAUCGCAGUUGGAACUGGCAUUGUUUUCUUAUCCCUUUUCACCCUCUUCCGGUUUCUGAAUCGCAGAGGAAAGUGCCAUCAUGCCUACAGACAGCCAUCCAAACUCCAAAAUCCCAAAGUCGAACAUGGUCGCCACAGAACAUGUCUCGGCCUUACCAAGGCUCUCCUUCGAUUUUCCGACAUCGAUAUCGCGAGGGACGUGUCUUUCGAUGCUUAUCUUCUGUUGAGAUACAUAAAACUAGGGAUUCUGAUCUGUUUCAUUGGUUGUCUGCUCACUUGGACGGUUCUUUUCCCAGUCAGCGCAACUGGCACUGGUGGAUCUUCAGAGUUACGAAUCAUUUCGUUAGUCAACGCAAUAAGGUCGUGGCAAAGAUUCUACGCAUACACAAUAUGUGCUUGGUUAUUCGUUGUGACAUCCCAAGCUCACAUCGCCUCGCAAUUAGCCUUUAUAUUCUGGGUAGUUACCAUUGAGCAUCUACACUGUAUCCAUCUCCAGUGUCAAUAUUACCAAUACGCAAAGUAUAGGUCGUCGACUGCAUCGAAGGUCUAUCUAAUCUCCCCAAUAUCGAAGAAUUUACUUCGUAAAAUUGAUAGGGAUCAACUAGUGGAAAGUACCCGGAGGAUCUUCGAUGUGGGAGCACUUGAGGGCAAAGUGAAGAGAAGGGACAAAUUGGCUACGCAACUCGAGGCCCUCGAAACGUCCCUCAUCCGCCGUGAAAACUCCGAGAGGUCUACCAUCGUCCCGAAACCUCCUAAGGUAUUUAACACCCGGGAAGAGAUUCGGGUUCUGAACUCGGCCAUUCAACUACUCCAGACAAGGUAUCUUGCAGCUAGGACAGAAGAUCCCACGGCUGUCUUGAUCAAGUUCAAGACACCUAGUGAUAUACAGGGUCUUGCUCAUUAUGAGCUUCUGAAGUCGGCAUCGAUUGCCCAUAUCGGUCUGGAGCCCCAACACAUCAUCUGGUCCAAUUUGAACACCAGCAAGAAAAUGAGAGUAUUCAGGCUUGUGACCUCUGUCGCCGUACUCGGACUAUUUUGGCUUGCUCUGUUUGUACCACUUUUUUUCUUUGCCCUGCUUGAGGACGAAAGUACCCCGUUUUUCUAUCCCUCCUUUCAAUUCCUCAAUUCUCAGCCACCGGGCAUAGCGCCGCUGAUAACGGGAGUCAUUCCUGUUGUCUAUGUAUCAUUGGCUACCGACAUUUUAGCCAUGGCGUGUCAAUAUGCUGCCCGUUCAAGCGGCCUACCAACACAAGCUUCUGUGGAGAUGAGAACCCAAAAGCUCCACCUCCCACUCCUAGUUGGUUUGGUUCUUGUUGGUCAGACUAUUGUGCCUGCUUCAAUCCGCAUUCUACCAAGUGCCGUCAAGGACACUUCGAGCAUUGCUAUCAUAGUUGCCGAACAAUUAGCAAGAGCGGCUGACUUCUUGUUUCAGUUUGUGAUACUCGAUAGUAUUGGACACAGUUCUGCUUAUCUCUUGACGAGCGAGUCAUAUAUUGGACCCCGCGUGAAAUCUCUCUUUCAUAAUACGCCGCGGAAAAUACGCAAUCUCCAACUGAAUCGUCAUAACUUGCGUUGUGGUCACACGUUUCCGGAAAUCGCCAUAUUUGCCGUGGCCGCUAUCACAUACUCCUGUGUUGCGCCUCUCUUGCUCGGUUUUGCAUGCGCAGGUCUUUACCUGUACUACCUCGCCUACCGAUAUCAGAUCAGAAACCUUCCCAUGGAUAUUGUCAAUACUCACGGCCAAACCUAUCAUCUUGCGUUGCAACAAACAUUAGUAGGAUGCUAUACACUCACCAUUCUACUCAUUGUUUUGUUCACACUCGCAGUUGAUAGCGAUUAUAAACGCAUGGGUCCCGUUUGGCUUCUGUUAAUUCUUCUGAUCCUCUGUGUUGCGUAUCAUUCAAUGUUAAACGAUUCACUCAAGGUAUUCCAGGAUCGCCCUAACGAAGACAAGAUCCUCCAAGCGCAAUUCCGAAAAACACGUAACCCUUUGACAAAACUCUUUAGCCGACAGUUGUCCGUCAUCGCCAAGAGUUCCCCGGAUGUGUUCCCAAAGGAGGACUGUGAUAUGAUUUCUUCCCAGAGGGACGAGUGGCACAUGUACUUUCAUUCAAGCGUCAAUGCAAAGGUGCCAGAGAUUUGGGUACCACGAGAUUCUCGUGGAUCUAGCAAUCGAGAGAUCCAAGAGACUGCUCGAUUUGGGAUCCCGAUGGCAAACGAGGGUGCGUGGCUGGAUGGCAGAAAUAAUAUUCAUCUAGAUGAAGAAGAUCGGCUUCCUUUCUGA